GUUGGUUAUAAGAAGAGCGUUGUGAUGCGUUGAUUCACUCCCAAUUAUUCGGUAUGAUGUUCGUUGUUGCGUUGACGACAUUUCUCUUGACUGGCGUCGCGAUCGUCGCCUCUGUUGCUUCACGAGAUGCGGAUGCAGCGGUUGAGGAGGUCACGUCGGCGCUGGAAGAUAUCUUCCCUAGUCGUUUGGACAAGAUUCGGGGCAUGUAUGCAUGGGAGGGGUUCGUGUAUGACAUCGAAGCUUGCCAGGACUUUCCGAAGCUCGUCGAGGACUUCGCCCGUAUGAGGACUAUGGGCGCUCGGAACGUCAUUACCUUCGACUACUGUGGAACAGGUGCUGAUCCAAAUUAUUAUGAUACUAUUAUUUCCGCAGCCGGCUUCACAGGCAUUAACAUCAUUCCGCUGGUGUGGACGCUGCCGAUCCAUCCCAUCGGACAGAACUACACUGCGAACGAUACAUUCGCUAUUAAGAGCGUUCCAAGGAUAUAUGCUUUGACGCAGGCCGUAAUUCGGAAUCCCGGUCCUGUUCUUGCAGUCGCGUUGGGAGAUGAGCCGCUGUAUGACGAUGAUGCUGGCUCCGCGGAUGCACUCGCCGCAUAUAUCGUGCAGAUGAAAGCCUCGUUUCAAGGUGCAGGCCUCGAUAUCCCAGUUUCAAUUUCAGAUAUGGCGUACGGCUGGCAGAUCUCGGGCAACAUCACGUCCGUUCAAGACGCGGUCGACUUCUUCAUGAUCAACAACCUCCCAUAUUUUGAUCAGAACGCGGUGUGGGGAGGCGAUAAUAACAGUUGGACGAGCUUCUUGAACAGCAUCGACUAUUUUCAGUCCUUGGCGAACGGACGCCCGCUACUGGUUACUCAGACUGGCUGGCCAAGCAACACGAACACGUUCGCCCCAAAUAGUCCGGACGUGAUUGCGACCGUGCUGUCUGAGGAGGCAUUCUGGAAGCUACUUGACAGCCAUUGUGAGGAUUACUUCAAACCAGCCAACAUAGGAUGGAUGUGGAGGAACUGGGACGAUGCGAUUGACGGCUGGGGGGUGUUAUACGACGAUGGAACGGAGAAGUGGCCCAUCCAUGCAAGACGUACCUGUUAG